GCGCUGUCUGGCUUCCUGAAGACGCACGGCGUGAUGGGCUUCGUUAAGCAGGGGCUGGUCGCCGAGGUGACGCGGGCGUCCAUCUCCCGCGCCAUCAAGUUCUUCAUGCAGCCGAUCGUGCACAAAGGCAUCUACGGCGUCCCGGAGACCAAGGGCACGCCCAUCAGCAAGGGUCUCGCGGGCGCCAUCGGCACGUUCCCGGAG